AGUUUGUUAAAAACAUUAGCGCAUAUUAAAGCGCAGUCUCAGAAUAUGCGCAUUUAUCUCAGUUUACUUUCCAUGCUCAUUCCGGAUUUAUCCGGGUUGCGCAUGCUGAGUUCCAAAAUAGUUUUUUACUAAGUGCUUUUCUAUAUUACGUCAUAUCCUUCUUUUCAAUCUUCACGUCAUACAAACUGGUAGGUUAAAAUUUUCUCUGUUGAAUUAUCAAUAUUUGCCUAACUAUUUCUUAAAAAUAACAUUCAAAAGUUUUACAUCUCUUUGUAUACGCUAACUUUACACUAUUAUUCGUUGUUGGGAUUUGCAGAUGGCAGUUAUUUUUAUCGGAUUGUAGUCUUUCACCAGACUUAUUUUACUGUGACCUGUACACACGCCAUAUUCAUUGGUACAACGUGGGCUAUCGGGCCACGCUUCUUUUUGAUUACGUGUCAUUAGUUUAUUUACUUUUUUUUUCUAGUUGCUUAGUUAGACAUUUUUUUUUUCAUUUUAAAUAAUUUAACAAUUGUUUCUAUAUUUUUAUGGUAAUACCCAACGCUAAUUAUGCCGAAGACUAAGUCAAGGCCAGCAAGGCCAGCCCCCACGGAGCGGACGUCCAGGCGACCUCGACUCCACGCCGCGGCUAGGGAUGAGCCCCAGUCAGUAGUGCAGGCGGCAACCCCACAGGCACGUUCAAGCCCAGUUGAACAGUCAGCGCUACAGGCGCCCACAACCAGCGUUUGCACAAUACCGGUCACUGAGCCACCUGUGCCCACAGUGGGGCAGAUUCAGGGAACUGGCUCCAGCAGCAGACCAGCUACCCCAACCCAUACCAACAUCCUUCCACAACGUGCUCUUGAAGAUGAAAUGAACCGCCUUCUCAUGUCAUCACUAGCCAGUAACACUACCAAAGCUUACGCUGUGGGUCUGCAAGCUUUCGACCAGUUUAGAUUAAAUCAACAGUUGUCCAUCCUUUGGCCACCACCUUCAAAUCACUAUUUAAUGUUCAUAGCUCACCUGUCCAUACAAGGCUGCAAACAAACCACUGCUAGGGCCUAUACAUCUGCAAUUGCAUUUAAAUGUAAAGUAUUAGGGAAUGGUGACCCUACAAAACAUUUCCUUGUUGGUAAAGUGUUAGAAGGCAUGAAAAGGCAAAAUAACAACAGGGUUGUGCGCAUGCCCAUAACCCUAGAGAUUUUGAAUCAAAUCCUUCAUAAGUUGCCUGUGGUAUGCCAGGAUACCUAUGAAACUUCACUGUUUGCUGCUGCGUUUACCUUAGCAUAUUAUGCAUUAUUAAGGGUGGGGGAAUUAGCAUUAUCUAAGGGUAACUCACCCGAUAGAAUCAUCCAGGUUCAGCAUAUUUCAAUUCAACACUCUAUUAUCAAUCUCCUUAUUAAAUACUCCAAGACGGAUCAACUAGGCAAAGGAACCCACUUGCGCAUCAAUGCCACUGACACCCAAUUUUGUCCGGUCAAAAUUAUGAACAAAUAUUUACAAGUUCGGCCAAAUGUUACAGGCCCCCUGUUUUGCCACUACUCCGGCCAACCACUAACCCGCUAUCAGUUCUCAUCAGUACUGGCAAAAGCCCUACAAGUUUUGGGAAUCAACAGCAAGUAUUACAAAUCUCAUUCAUUCAGGAUAGGGGCAGCUACCAUGCUGGCACAGCAGGGCCUAUCAGAACAAGCCAUACAAGCCUCUGGGCGAUGGCAUUCACAAGCCUAUAGGUCUUACAUUAGGUAAUGCAUAUUCAGCAUUCCCCUUCACUCAACUAACCACCGGCAGUUGGCGAUUAAUUAUCAUGUUCCCUCCCUUAAGAUCUUCAUUUUAAUUCCCUAUUUGUAUCUGUCAUUAUUUUAACAAAAUAUUUGCAUUCCUUAACCAAUUUAAUCCAAGUGGUUGCAGAUCCAGUUAAUGUGUGGAUUUUGGGAUCUUCCAUUAUCAAACAUGCUACAGUAGCAGCCUCACAAAGAAUCGGAGGAACCAACCUAUCCAUUCCAAAUGCCAACAUAUGGUGGCAGGGGUACAGUGGCAUGAAACUUUUGGACCUUGUCCCUAAACUCAAGUACCUCAAAGGCCUCAAAUUGCAAAGUCCUCCUCACAUUAUUGUCGUUCAUUGCGGAGCCAAUAAUGUUGGCAAAACUCGUCU